AUGAGCGAGGGUAAACCCGCCGAAACCAUUAUCGCCAACGAGCCGCCCUCAUCGUCCGCUUCUUCAGUAGCCUCUGAGGAUGGAACCUACGACUUCCCCAGCGAGUACUCCAAUCACGGGCAGUACUACAUCUGUCCCAAUCACAACACCCCACCGCCACCGAUUCAGCUAGAAGAGACUGGACGAAUACCCGAUAAGCGUGUUCUGUCCACCCCAGGAUUCGACUGUACUGGCGGCUUGCCUGAAUACCCAAGACGGCUAUCAAAGGCUAGCUCUCACCAUCGUCAUCACCAUCACCAGCACCCAGGUCUGAUGCAAGCCACCUGCUCCUACAGCCCCCAGGAGUUCUUCCCCAAGAGAUCACGCAGUAGACAGCCGCUGACUCCAGGGCCGCCUAGCAGGAAGGGAGACGAGAGAUCGACUGCAUCGCAACGAAGCGGCACUGGAAGUCGAGCUCAUACCCCGUCAGUAGGGCAUCAGGCCGCCCAAGAAUCCUAUUCUCCGGAAGAGUGCACCUGUGACUACUUCCUCUACAUGCGAGGGGCCGAAGGGGAAGUGGGCGGAGAGCGACAGAGCACUAUAAAGAACGUCAACAUUGGUCAGGAAUGCCCGCCCGGAAAAAUUGCCCUCACAGAUUCUGCCGCCAAAGAGGCUAGGCAAACUCACUUCCAAGAACACGAAACUUCUCUGUCUUCACGCGGACAGGGGAGCCAGGAGACUGCUCUCUCCCUCGUUCCUGCCUCCCCUCCCCGUUCCCCGUCCCCGCCCCACAGUCCCCAACGUUUUAUCUUUCUUGCUUCCACACAGAAAUGA